AUGGCGUCGAAUAAAUACAAUUCUCUGCAAGGUCUUCGAGGAUAUCGUAUGGUAGAACUCGCUCAGCGAAGUGUGGAUAAGUCAAGCAGACAAUCUCAACCUGAGACUAAAUGCUCAAUAAGGAAACCGAAGCUAGAAAAGGAAAAUCGACCAAUUAUUGGUAACAAUAAUAAUACCUGUUUGCCAAUUACAAAAAGUAAGUCAAAUACUCAGACUGGGACAGAUUCAAGUCAAAAUAUUUUAAGAUUAUCGCAUGAUAGUUUAUCAAUAAUGGUGGAUGAUCCGGAACUUGUAGAAAUAAUUUCUUCACUCAAAGAUAAUGAGUCUGGUAUACAUUGUGAGGUUGAUAAUGAAAACUUUAAUAAAAAAACUGUUCAUCAAUCGUUCAAACAUUCAUUGAAAACUUUACAAGAGAUAGAAUUUAUGGAACAGAAUGAAAAUAAACCUGUAUCGAGCCUGGUAAUAGAAGAGAAUGAAACAAUGGAAACUAAAACUACGCAAACACAGGUGCAACUUUCUCUUCUACCUGAUACAAAUACAACAGAAAACGAUUAUGUCUCUGAUAACAGUAUGUCUAUUUUAAUUGGUACCUCAGAGCUCCAUAAUCUGAUUGACAACUUAGAUGAAGACCCUUCACAUAUCAUUCUCGAUCCGAAAUCCAUUCCGGUAUCCAUACCAGCUAAUGAAAAUGAACUUACAAGCAACAAUAAUGCGACAGCUGAAGUAUAUACAAUGAAAAAGUAA